AUGGCUGGUGGAACUACAAUACCAAUGAAAGUUGAAGACCAUGUUGAACAGGCAAUGCACGCAGCUAUUGCAGAGCAAACGACGUCUAAUCUAGCUGAGACGCCAGACGUGUGCGAUAUAGCAGCAGAUACCUGCCAGAAAAUUACAAAUGCACGGGCAGACAACAAGGGCCUAGUCGUUGCUGGAUUUAUCAAUGCAUCAGCAACUAUACCCCAGCAGGAACUAUACGAUAUCUGUGCAGAUGGUGGAGGAUCUUUAGCGGCGGCAGGAGUGGUCAACUCAUUUGAUCAGCAAGAGCUUCUGGAGACAACGGCGAGCAAGCAGGCGGUAGGGAGCCAAGUAAUUCGCGGCGUGCAUGCGACAGGCGGUAGUAAUAUUCGAGCAGGCUAUAUAAACGCAAAAGAGCAAGACUACCGACGCAAACAAGAAAUUCUGGGCAUCAACGCACACUGA